ACGGGUUGGACUACAAAUUUGGAUGAAUUAGUGUUCAAAGAUAUUGGUUGGGGCUGCGUCUGGCCAAAUSCAAACGUUUACUUGUUUAGUUUAUUUCUAAUACGAGCAUUAAACUUAAAUGUUAGUGUUUUAAUCGUGCACCUACGUGUGUCUGUUCGUCACGUGCUGUAGUUUUAUUAGACAAGCUAACUAGCAUACAGGUUUUACGUUACGCGAGGCGUAUUUCUUUGAUAUUUCUUAAGCUUGUUUCGACACUUAACACACCAGAACUUACUUUUUAAUUUAUAUCUCUACGGAGACGAUCUAAGAUCAAUUUCUCCAGUACUUCCGGACUACAAAACCACUUCAUGCGCGUGAGUCGUUAGCUGCUGAAAAUCUGUCGCAGACGUUCUGUGAAAGUCGUGGUUUUGAAGGGUGAAAAUCUCAUUGAAUGUCCUGUAAUAGUUGCUGCUGUAAGAUUAGUUUUUAUUACACCAGUUUAUUCUCAAUUUUGUGAAAUAUUUUAAGACAUUAUGCAGAACAGUGCGCGUUAUCUAAUCUUUUUUCAGUACAUUGGAACAAAAUACAGUGGUGUAGUGAGUGUGGCUCACUGUCAGCCUGGUAAAACAGGAGUUCAGGACCACUUGAAGGAAGCACUUCAGAAGCUGAAACCACUUGAUCCGGUUUCUGUCUUUGUGUCCAGCAGGACAGACAAGGGUGUCCACGCCCUGUCUAACUCUGCUCACUUUGACCUCCAGCGCCGUCACAACAAACCUCCGUUUACUGAAGACAUCCUCAUUCAGGCACUCAAUUACAACCUGGGGACAGAACAAAUCAGGGUCACUCGCGCUCACCUUGUCUCCAGUGACUUCCACGCCCGUUACCAUGCCCAGUCUCGAACCUACGUCUACAGAAUAGCGCUGGGUUGUGGCAGCAAUACUCCGCUUCCACUCACAGAGGAGUGUCUSUUGUGGGGCCUCCGCAACAAAGAGCUGGAUGUGGGAGCCAUGCGUGAAGCUGCUGCCCUGCUGGUCGGGACUCACGAUUUUAGCACCUUCGCAGCAAACAGCCAUGAAACGGUACCUAAAAACCCUGUGAAGACGAUGGACAUGGUUUCCAUACAGCCAGGAGACUCCUUUGCAAAGUCACACUUUCACAGAGAGAUGCCAUUGUUGGAGCUGACUUUCAGAAGUAAAUCAUUUCUCUACAAGCAGGUGCGGCGGAUGACCGGAGUGCUGGUCGCUGUAGGUCAGGGUCGGCUCUCGGUGUCUAAGAUAGCAGACCUGUUGGAGGCUCGGGACACUCACGCCUUCCCUAAAAAUUUUGUUGCUCCAACUUGUGGCCUCUUCCUUACCAAUGUGGACUACAAAGAGUCAGACCURCAGUAUUCAGAACAGCUGUUAUCCACAGACAGUGCAAAAGACUGAUGCUAUUUCCAGACUCCCUUUUUCCAUUCUGGGUCAUGGGGGAAAUGGUACCCAUCUCCAGCAGUCACCGUGCAAGAGUCGAGGCACACCCAGAACAGGCUGCAAGUCCAUCACAAGACAGAAACAACCGUUCAUACUCUGAGAAAAACCCCUCCUGAACAUGCUAACWCCACACAGAAAAAUCUGGAGGUGUACCGGCAACAGCACUGAUGCUACUUGAAUAAGUUUUUUUUUAGAAUAAACUUUUUGUAAUCUUACAUGUGAAUGUUUUAUGGUAGCACAGUUUUACACAAAUAAGCAAAAGGCAACAUGAACACCUAUGUUUGUUUAAUUCCAGAUAUUAAGAAUACUUAAGUGUCCAUGAACGCAGCUCAGCUACAGAAGACCACACCUCGAGUCUGUCCUCUACUUCUGACAGAAACCUCCCUCUGGUUAGUCAACGUAGACAUCCAGGAACAAGGGUCGUAGGUUUUAAAAUGUCAAAGUAAAUGAGUGGGGAWCAGUGUUGUUUUCUAUAGCCAAAACUGCUGAGUCCAUGUUUCUCAGAGGCAUUACAUUAUGGAUCAACAAAGUGCACACACGCUCACUUAUAAUGUAUACAUCCAAGUGUCCUAAUAAAACUGCAUACACUGCUUUUUAUUUUUAA